AAGACGAAAAGAGAGGAUUAGAUAGAGAGUGAAUAUCGAUGAGCACGGUAGAAAAAGCGGUGGAGGUGGUGGCGAUACAGGAUGGAGAGUGGCGGUUGGGGCCGAAACAAGGGAGUGUGUUCCCAAAAAAGAGGAUGCUGGUGAAGUCAAUGAUUAUGAAGACUCUCUUUUCAUCUCGAUCUCCUUUAAAGUCCAAGCAAAUAGUGGAGCUUCCGAGGAACAAGCGCGUGCAGUCUACGCUCCGGUAGCCUUCCAAUGAUAUUUCGGGGGUAAUCAUUAUGAGUCUUAAGAAAGAUUAUGUUAUAUUGUAUAUGUCUACCGAAUGAUCUCUCUUUCUGGAAAGAGUUUGUACUAAUAUAAGAUGCUUUUUUUUUUCUCUAAGUUCAAUAGUUUCUUUGUAUUGAUUCCUGGCGUUUUAGUGUUAAGAUAAGACUUAUUAUAAUUUACUGCGAUUAAUGUUUAA